ACGUACAUACAUACAUACCGAAAUAGGCGAGCUCACGCAUCGUCCGUGUGUUAUUAUACAAAUAAACCGUUCGAAUCUCGAUUCAUGUGUUUCGAUAUAUUCACUUGAAAAGUUUUUAAACGAAAAUACAAUUUAUGUGGAGAUCAGUACUCUUAAAUCGAUAUUACCCACGCAAACGUAGAUAUGGAUGCCAAUACUGAGAUACGUAAAUUGAGGCCUGGAGAACUGUAUAAGCUUGCUAGAAUAUUAACUGCCUCUGAUUCAUGGAAAACGUUGAUGGCAAUCGUGCCCAAGGAAGGAAAUGAAAAUGUCUCCAAAUUCAAUACCGAACACUUUGAACUCAUUGAACAAGCCAGUCGGCAACAACGAAAAGCAGCGGCAGAAAUAUUUUUAGAAGAAUGGAGUACAAUGGGAAAACAGAGGCCAACUUUGCAGUCCACCUUGAAUCUUCUCGUCAAGGCUCAAUUGUUCAAAGCUGCAGAUUAUAUUGCAGUUGAUUUGCUACAUGGCCAACCUCCGCAAAGACCAUCGAGUGGUCCAGCCGCUCCAGUGAUCAUUUCUGAUGAAGAAAUUGAAGUGUUGAAUGAGAUUGCUUCAGAGCAUGAUGAAAAUCGGACUUGUCAAAUUCCGUAUUCGCCAGAAACUUUGGAUGUAAUCUUGAAUGGUUUUAGUUAUCCAAAUGAAUUUUCGGAUCAAAGUUUAACGGAAUCAAAAGUCUUGGUUAGACGAACUUCCGAUUUAAGUCUCAACGAACAAGUAAUUAACCGAGACAAUUUUGAUUGUAUACAAUUCAGUGGAAGCGGUACAGAGUCUACAAAUACCCAUCAAAAUCUGAAUCAGAAUUUCAAUUCCAAUUUGAUACAAUUCAGUAGCAACAGCGUUCAUAAUCGCGGAAAUAGUUCUCUGUCUAGGCUCCAAAAAGUGGUUCAAGAACACAGCUCUGCCAAAAAUGAACAAGAAGAUUUUCGUGCACAAAAUAACGGUGUUGGAUCAUCAUAUGAUGUCACAAAUGAGUUUUCCAUUGGCAAUGAUUAUGAUCAGCUUGAAUUGAAGUCUAUCGAAUUGCCGGCAGUUGUGGCGAAGAUUGGUGAGGCCUUUCAAGACACUUACAGCGAAUUAGAUACAAGCGAAUUGCCACAAGUUGUCGUCAGAAUUGGUAAACAACAAUCGUCGAAUCAAUCCGAAUUGCCAGUCAAACUUCGAGCAUUCAGAGAAACCGCUAAUGUUUCAACUUCUUCGACAUCAUCGGAUUCGUCGUCGUCAAAUUCUGACACUAUUGCUACGAAUACGUCUGACAAUUACACUGAUGACAACCUACCGAUUUGUGCAAACGUCCCUCUCGGAAACUCGGAAAAUUACGAACUGGUAACAGCAGAAUUGCCACAAAUAGUAGCAGACUUGGGGCGGGGUCAAAGUCACGUUAGUUCUUGACAAUUCAGUUUUACCGAUUCAAGAUCUGGAAAUAAAUCUGCCGAAAUCAACGACGAUGUUAACGAAUAGGUGUUCAAGUUACUGGAUAAACAGUACGCUCGGUAAAUUGUCAACAGUGUAAACAUUUCAUUCCAAUGUCAUGAUUUUCAUUCCGACUGAAUGUUUGCAACAAAACAUUGCAACAUUACGUGUUUGUAUAAACUAUGUAUAUAGAAGAACUGUAUCAAUACUGUGAAUAUUAAAAAUAUGUUUUUAUUUCAAGU